AUGUCGUCCAGAGUCGCUUCCACCUCAUGGCCGUCAGCUCCGGUCCCCAAGCCAGCGAAGGAGCUGCUCGACUACUUCUUCUCGUUGAUGGACACGCCGACCGAUGAGGCGGGGGUCAAGCUCACCGAGGACAUCUUCACCCCGGACGCGACGUUUAUUUCUUCGAGUGGAGUUUUCAAGGGUUCAGCGGAAAUCAGAGACUCCCGCAAGAAAGCAUGGGCCGUAGUCGAGACCCGGUACCAUGAGGUCGUCAAAGUUUUCUCCGCCACCGACGACGCCUCGGAUCUGCUAUUGAUCGGGAAUGCGGUGCUGGGGCUGAAAAACGGCAAGCGGAUCGAAGGGGACUUCCUCGCACGGGCGGUCUUCGACGGCAUCAGCACCGCGACUCCAAGGUUGUCCUUUUUCCAGGCUUGGGGGGACACCGGCCCGCUGCUCAAAGCGCUGCAAGAUUAG